UCUGUCUUUUGAUUUUACUUGGUGUGUGCGCUUCGUAUUAGAAGGUGUUACUGCUUAAAGCGUUGUCAAACUUCGAAUACCUGUGGCAUCUUCAGGAGCAUGACCAAGAAGGAUGGUAAAGGUGCUAAAAUUGUGGCACAUUUCCUGACGUUCAUCGGAAAAGAAGCAUACAGCUUAUUGAAAACUUUGGCAUAUCCAGAAAAACCUAUCUCACUUCCUUAUGCAGCUAUUAAGGAGUUAUUAUUAAAUCAUGUAAAGUGCACUAGUUUUGAAUGCCGUGAAAGGGCAGAAUUUCAUAAGAUGACUCGUCGAAAUGACCAGAAAGUUAAGAAAUUCAUCCUUGAAUUGCAGAAACAAGCUGCCAAAUGUAAUUUUGGUGAUCAACUUCAUGUGCAACUGAGAGACCGAUUAAUCGCAGGAAUCAACAUACCGGGUUUGGAAAGAGAGCUGUUAACAAUGCCCAACUGUUCCUUUCAAGAUGCUAGAACUGCGUGUAUUAACUACGAGGCAGUGAAUGAACUUGAUAUCCAGUCGAUGAAUAUUUCUAAUACUUUGCUUAGUCGUCAUGAUGGAAUACAAUCUCAGGGUCAAUCAAAAUUGCGUUCGUUUAACAGUGGCUCCUAUUCCCGUGUAAAUAUGAAAGGUGUUUCAACAAGGAAUUACAAAGGAAAUCACAAAGGUGAGACCAAGUUUGACAAAUGUUUAUCAUGUGGAAAACUUCAUUCUCGUAAUUCAUGUGCAUUUCGUAAUGCUAGAUGUUUUAGAUGUGGUAAGAUAGGGUGAAUUUAUCCGCAACGAAACCAUGUAAACUUAAUGUAUCGCCCAGAGUCAAAUUAUGUUGUUAAUUUUACUCUGGUUAUAGCUUUUAUUCGCCACGUCUGACUGCGUUACACUGUACAUUCAUUGCACGCUGGAGUGAUAUCCCAAGUCAUAAAUGUAACAGGAAUGAACCGUCACAGAUCUUACAAAGUCAUUCAGCUUUAUAACUAUGGCCCUAUGAAACUUUAUGGGAGACCCAAGUAAAAGCAGAUUAUUAAAAGCAUAUCGGACGUCCACUUUAGUCUCACAACCACUUCCAGUGUUUUGGAGUUACUUCUUAUACCCUGUCGUUUGAAAAGAAACAACUACUGCAGCUUCACUUCACCAAUGCUACAAUGUAAUUUGAAACCUGGUGUAAAUAUUUGU